AGGCCCAAGCAGCAACUCACUGUUACUGACACUGAUAACAUUAGAAUUUAGCCAUUUGAAUCUCUGAGCAAUGCCCAUUCGAUUGCGGAGCUGAAAAUGAAUGGUUGAACACUCUUCUUGAGAACUUAGGAUAGGAAAAAAGAAGACAUAAACUAUGCAGGGGCCGAGUCUUCAGAGAACACCAUUCAUUUCGAGGGGGAAGCCACCCUUAUUGGCUUUGGUGGACUCAUUGCCAAGUUUCGCUAGCAUUUCUAGAAAACCCAUUUCUUCUUCUCUAAGAUAUAGAGAGAUCUCAAGGUUGAAUUCUGCUUUUGGUACACUUAGACCACAAGCAUCUAACGUUAGUAUUGGAUCUGGGGGCUAUGAAGGUGGGGAGGAGCAAGACAACAAAAAAUGUUCUGCUAAUGGUCCAUCAAAUGACAAAUCAUCGGAAAUUGUGAAACCUCCCAGCAAAAUCCCUUAUCCUCUAUUUGUAGCUAUUGUGCUAUUUGGAUGCGCUUUGGUCGUUUUGUUGAUUGCCUUUGUGAAAGGUGGUCCUUCAUCAAUCUUAGCAGCAAUUGCAAAGUCAGGAUUAACAGCUGCAUUCACGUUAAUAUUUGUUUCUGAAAUUGGGGACAAGACAUUUUUUAUUGCUGCACUAUUGGCCAUGCAAUAUGAGAAAGGACUGGUUCUUCUGGGAUCAAUGGGUGCUCUUUCACUUAUGACAAUCUUGUCAGUUGUAAUUGGACGGAUAUUUCAUUCAGUGCCUUCUCAGUUCCAAACGACCCUUCCAAUUGGAGAAUAUGCAGCUGUAACUCUUCUAAUGUUCUUUGGACUCAAAUCAAUAAAAGAUGCAUGGGAUCUUCCAUCAAAUGAAGUUAAAAGUGGUGAGAAGAGCGGUCCUGAACUUGAUGAAUAUGCUGAAGCUGAGGAACUUGUGAAAGAAAAGGUCUCAAGAAGGCUCACAAAUCCAUUCGAGAUUGUCUGGAAGUCAUUCAGCCUUGUAUUCUUUGCUGAAUGGGGAGAUCGCUCAAUGCUUGCGACAAUUGCUCUUGGUGCUGCUCAGUCUCCAUGGGGUGUGGCAACUGGAGCUAUUGCUGGACACCUGGUUGCAACAUCUAUUGCAAUUCUAGGAGGAGCUUUUCUUGCCAACUAUAUUUCAGAAAAACUGGUUGGCUACUCGGGUGGAAUGCUUUUCCUUCUUUUCGCUGUUGCCACAUUUUUUGGAGUUUUCUAAUAAAUUCAUGGGGAAUUUAGAAAUUUUUAGUGCAACCAUAAUGGAGCACUGCGCCUUUGAUCAUCAGACAUCAUUAGUUGCUAGAGAAGAAAGUAGACAAAAAGGAGCCUGAAAUGCACCAUGGACAUGAAGUUGUCUAACACAGGCUUUUCACACUUCAAAAACUCAAGUCAGGAUGGAUCAGUGUAUGUUAUGUUGUGCGCUAUUGGAAGCAUUACAUAUUAGAGAACUUUAGAUGGAGAGAUGGGUUUUGAAAAAAUUUUCAGUCGCUUAAUUAAACAGGUGUUGUGAAUAAGAUACUGCCACUCUCAGUAUUAUUCUAUGACUUUCAACACUGAGGACAUAAACAGAAGCGAUCUUGUUAAUGGCUGGUUCUGUUCCUGAAACCAAGAUGAAGUAAAGAAAAUGCCAAGCUGGAACGUCUGGCUAUAUUCAUCAAGCCCUCUACACAUUUUCCCUUCCUUUAGAAGAAGAUAUGCUCUGUUGCAAAUUGCACUAUCUUUUCUUUUACACUCUGUUUGGAUAAACAAUUAGGGAGGAAGGAGAAUCAAAGAAGGAAAUUUUUUCUUA